AUGUCGUCCAGGGUCACCCGCUCGUCUGCCCGUCAAGCCGCGAGUCAAGCACAAGCAACAGCGACUUUGAAUCCGCCCGCGACCGGUGCUGCAUCGUCGACGACAUCCCCCUCCGCACCCGCGAGUUCGGUACACCCGCCGCCGAAUCCGCCGACGCCGACGCCUGCCCGAAGCACCCGCAAACGGAAGAAUAAUACCACCAGCAGCCCCCCCACAGGCGCCACUGAACCACCCGCAUCUGCCCGUCGGUCCAAGCGACAGCGGGUUGCACAGGCGUCCCCACAGCCCGCACAGUCCGCCCCAAACACAGCAGCACCUCCAUCUCCUGUGUCUCGCCCGAGGAAGGGCAAGGCUCCGGCAACUAUGUCGAGUCCAGGCAAUCCGGAAGGGUCUGCCCCCAAUCCCUUAGAGAACCCGUCUUCAGCUUCGUCUAGUAGGCGAUCGAGUCGGAACAAGAAGAGCAUGUCGAUUGGCGACGAUUCUACUUACUCACGUGGCCGUCCCCCAGACGAACCACUCUUUGCCGCACACGGUUUGAGUCGACGAUCGAAGCGAGUUUCUACCGAUGCACAGGAUGAAGACAUCGUUAUGAGCGGCACAGAGGAACACGCAAAGGCGUCCACAACGUCUCCGCCGCCGCCGCCUCCUCCUCCCGAAGAUAGAUUCCCGGAAGAGAGCGACGAGAAUGAUGACGAGGAGGACGAAGAGGCGUUGCGGCGAUAUGACGACGACGACGAUGCGGAUCCGUUUAGUGGUUUUGGAGCCGCAGCCGGCGUACCUGGCCUUAGCAACACGCUUAGGACGCUCACUAGCAUGGUUUCCGGUACAUCUUCGAGGCUUCGAGACAUCUUGAACAACCUUCGGCAGAAGGACGACCCCACCAUGCAGCUCAUUGCGCUACAAGAGCUCUCUGAGCUGUUGCUCAUCCAUAACGAGGAUACGCUGUCGGGCCACUUCUCUCCGGAUGCCUUUGUGAAGGAGCUGGUGUCCUUGAUGCAGCCGAACGAGCUCACCGGGGAGGAGAAUCCAGAGAUCAUGCUCUUGGCCUGCCGCUGCCUGGCCAAUCUCAUGGAAGCCCUGCCCGCGAGCACAUCGAACGUUGUCUACGGACAUGCCGUUCCCAUUCUAUGCCAGAAGCUGCUUGAGAUCUCAUUUAUUGACCUAGCAGAGCAGGCUCUUAGCACGCUGGAGAAGAUCUCGAUCGAAUAUCCAAGCAGUAUUGUCCGCGAGGGUGGCCUCACCGCCUGCCUCUCCUACCUAGAGUUCUUUGCCACAAGCACACAGCGAGUUGCCGUCACUACGGCGGCCAACUGCUGCCAGAACCUCGACCAGGAAUCCUUCCCCGUUGUUCGAGACGUCAUGCCCAUUCUUCUUAACGUCCUCGGAAGUAGUGACCAGAAGGUCGUGGAAAAGGGAUCUCUGUGCGUCACCCGCAUCGUGGAGAGUUUUAGGUUCCACCCAUCGAAGCUAGAGGAGCUUGUCAGUGUCGACCUCCUUAGGGCGAUUCUGCGUCUCCUUUUGCCCGGAAGCACCAAUCUAGUCACGGCCCAUAUCCACACCCAGUUUCUCAGGGUCCUGGCAUUUACUGCGCGUGCAAGCCCCCGACUUUCUGCGGAGCUUUUCAAGAUGAACGUGGUGGAGACGCUGUACCAGAUUCUGACCGGCGUGUCCCCUCCGGAUGGAUCUCAUGACAUCGCUUCGAAGCUCGACAGCGUUCUUAUUAUGCAAGCUCUCAUUCACCGUCCGCGGGACCAGAUCAUCGAGACCCUCAACGUCAUUUGCGAACUGCUCCCCAGCCUCCCCAAGUCGGCUGACCCUGUUUCUGGCGAGAUCCCCGAGAUCAACUUGGCCAGCGAGCCUGUUACACCAUCCUCAGGCGGUUCUCGGAAGAAGACCACCAAUGAGAAACGGGUUGAGCUGUUGGAUGAAUGCAAGGACGAAGUCCGGCGCUUCUCUAUGAUCCUCUUUCCUACGCUCACCGACGCAUAUUCGAGCACCGUCAACCUGAGUGUCCGACAGAAGGUCCUGAUUGCCCAAUUGAAAAUGCUCUCCAACCUCAACGAGGAAAUUCUUGUCGAUGCCCUCAAGCCGGUUUCCUACGCAUCGUUCUUGGCCGCUAUCAUCUCCCAACAGGACCAUUCGUCCCUGGUAUUGCUUGCCAUCGGCGCUGCCUCGCUGCUUAUGAAGCGGCUCGGCUCUGUAUACCGUUAUCAGCUUUACCGUGAGGGCGUGAUUGGUGAGAUCACCAAGUUAGCGAGCCAAGAAAUCGAGCCGGAGCCGAAGCCUGAAGUCAGCCCAUCCCCGGAACCGGCAGCAGAGCCCGAGACGGAGGCUGAGCCGGAAUCCAACAGGUCCUCGGAGGAACCCGUCGAAGGGGAGCUGGAAGACGGCGAAUCGGACGCUGGAGACCAGGAGAACGAACUCGUAAAAGUGGAGGAAAAUGACGAAGCCCGCUCCCAUCAUUCUUCUGACGAGGAAGAUGAAGAGAACGAGGACGAGGAAGAGGAAGACGAUGAGAACGACCAUGACCAUGAGAACGAGGAUGACGAAAAUGACCAGGAAGAUGACCACAACGGCGACGACAUCUCGGCUUCCCCAGUUACCGUUAGUUCCGAAGGGUCGACUAUGUCCAUCUCCGGGCCCCCGGGCCGUCUCGGCUCGCACGUCCCUUCCGCGAAGACGAGAAUUGUCGAGCGCGCCAAGCUCUUUCUUGAGAUCCAUGAGAACGAGGCGGAAGCCAAGGAGAUGAAGGAAAAGGCCGCCGAUAUCCUGAGCAAGUUGUCGGCACUGGCUUUGGAGAUUGAACAGCUCUACCUUCGCGGCAGCUUCUCAUCGCAGCGUGCGCUACAGAGCGGCGUCGAACUGUUUGUGCGACUGGCCUCGUACUUCGACUCUGACCUUUUAGAGAGCGUGACUAGUGCGGAACUGCUUGCGUCUGGUGUGGUGCGUGUCCUCGAAGAGGUCAUGAGCAACCCCGAUGAACAUCUAGCAGCAGCCGCGCAGGCCGCCUUCCUCCAGGUAUUUAUGGGAUACGCGGUCAAGUCGAAGCCCAAGACGGCCACUUCCGACUCUCCGGCCACGCCGCUGAGCGUUCUCAUCCAUAAGCUCCAGGACCUGCUUAGCAGGUCUGAGCAUUUCGAGGUCCUUACCGUUCACCAGCAGUCAUUCGACAGCAACCGGAGCAGUGCGGCUUCCAUGCUUGCGAAGCAGAUCCGGCUUAAGCUAGUUGCGGACGAGGACUCGGAGAUCCCUCGACACUACCGGAAUAUUAUGGUAUCGAUUCAUGCUAUCACCACCUUCAAGUCUUUGGAUGAUUACCUAAGGCCACGCAUCACGGUACCCCGUGGAUCGAAGAGAGAAGCGGUCUCCCGAGCCCUUGCUGCCAUGGUCAGCUCUGGUCUCCCCAUGCCCGCGGCCGCAGCUCGGAUGAUGGAACGUUCCACCAUGCAACAGCUCGCGGGUGGUCUAUCCCCCACUCCUCCGCCCCCUCCCCCGGCGGCCGGAUCGGCCUCCCAGGCGUCGGGGUCUCGAUCGUCACGGAAGCCCAAAUCAAAGCCCGAACCGGUGCCCAAUGAGGCCCCCUCUACACCGGAUCAGUCCUCGAAGGAUAAGUCUUCGCUGCGCCGCUCCUCGCGCCGACACGGACACGCUUCGGAAGGUCUACCGACGCAGCCCCCGCCUGCGGACAAUGAGGAUGGUCUGGAGAAUGCCCUGGAGUGCGCCGACGAGAGGCAGCUGUCGGACGAGGAAGAGAUGGGCGAAGAGAGCCCCCUCGAUAUGGUCGGCGAUGUUGACGAGGGCAUGGAAGACGCUCCGACACCUGAUCCGUCUGCAGUGAACCUAGAGGUUGUCGCUGGAGGCAAAGUCACUGCGCGCAAGGAAGAUGGGACUAGGGUCCCGACACCAUCACACAGCCACAGCCGACCUGCGGCGUCGCUGCCCAGCCGUAUGAGUGCCUUGACCGCGGCGCUGCAGGGGAGCCCGACACCUUCCCCGUCGUCUCGCCCGAUGUCGUAUGCCGCGGCGAUCCAGGCCACUCCCCAGGACUGGCAUAUCGAGUUCAGCAUCAACGGCAAGGUCGUCCCCAACGAGACCACCAUUUACCGGGCCGUGCACAGCUCCGUCAAGCCGACCGACGACCAUUAUGGGCGGGGCGUCUGGUCUACCGUCCACUCGAUCAAGUUCCGGCGUGUCCCGGGCCCUCCGCCGGCCGAGCAGGCUGUGUUUGGCAGCUCCACCGAGUCGGGCGCCGAGUCUGAAGACGGAAACACUAGCACCCCCGGGUCGCUCGCCAAGUCUCCCGUUACGGCGUCGAUUCUGCGGUUGCUCAAGAAGGUGCAUGAUCUCAACGCCAACAUUGACGAUGUGUUGGUCGAGAACAAGGAGGCGCUCAAGGUCAACGUCGAGCCCUUGUCGCAGUUCGUCAAUACCAAGCUCACGGCGAAGCUGAACCGGCAGCUGGAGGAGCCGCUGAUCGUGGCGAGCAACUGCUUGCCGAGCUGGAGCGAGGACCUGGCGAGACUGUACCCCUUCUUGUUCCCGUUCGAGACUCGCCAUCUCUUUUUACAAUCGACAUCGUUUGGGUACGCCCGGUCUAUGAGUCGCUGGCAAAACGCUCAAUCUCAAGAGGAAGCGCGUAGGGAGCGCCGCGACGAACGACCGUUCCUAGGCCGUCUGCAGCGUCAGAAGGUCCGGAUCUCGCGUUCCAAGAUUCUGGAGUCAGCCGUGAAGGUGAUGGAGCUGUAUGGCGCUUCACAGAGCAUCUUGGAGGUGGAAUACUUUGACGAGGUCGGCACGGGGUUGGGUCCGACGCUCGAGUUCUACUCGACCGUGUCCAAGGAGUUCUGCAAGAAGAAGUUGAAGCUCUGGCGGGACAAUGAUCCCAGCGCGGACGACGAGUUUGUGUAUGGGCCCAACGGGCUGUUCCCACGCCCGGUCAGUGAGGAGUUUGCGGCGACCGAGGAAGGUGAGAAGAUCCUGCAGCUGUUCAAGAUGCUUGGCAAAUUUGUUGCGCGGUCCAUGAUCGACUCUCGCAUCAUCGACGUCAACUUCAACCCCAUCUUCUUCCGCAUCGGCGACGAGUCCACGGCCGUCCGGCCGUCUCUUGGGGCGGUCAAGUCGGUAGACCCCGUGAUUGCGAGGUCCCUUAUGAUUGUCAAAAAGUUCGCCCUAGCCAAGAAGGCGAUUGACGAAGAUCCGACCCGGAAUGCGGCGCAGAAGGUCCGCGACACCGAAAACAUUCUGGUCGACAAGAUCCGCAUUGACGAUCUGUACCUCGACUUUACGCUGCCGGGCUACCCCGAGAUCGAGCUUAUUCCCGACGGGUCACAGACCCAGGUCACCAUCCAGAACGUCGACCUCUACCUGGAGAAGGUGAUUGACAUGACCCUGGGAUCAGGUGUACGCCGCCAGGUGGAUGCUUUCCGCACGGGCUUCUCGCAGGUCUUCCCGUACUCGGCGUUGAGCGCGUUCACGCCGGAGGAGCUGUGCACGUUGUUUGGGCGGGUGGAUGAGGAUUGGUCCCUUGAAACGCUUAUGGACUCGGUCAAGGCGGACCACGGAUACAACAUGGAUAGCAAGACCGUUAGGAAUCUCUUGCAGGCCAUGAGCGAGCUUACCCCAGCCCAGCGCCGUGAUUUCUUGCAGUUCACCACCGGUAGCCCGAAGCUUCCGAUUGGUGGCUUCAAGAAACUCACGCCCAUGUUCACGGUGGUCUGCAAACCGAGCGAGGCACCGUACACUUCGGACGAUUAUCUACCCAGCGUCAUGACAUGUGUCAACUACCUGAAGUUGCCGGACUACUCGAACGUGGACACCCUGCGCAAGCGACUAUUCACGGCGAUUAAAGAGGGACAGGGAGCUUUCCAUCUAUCUUAA